CUGAACAAGAAGAAGAGCAGAAGAGUAGCAGUAGCAGCAAAAGAAGAAAAAUUAUAUUGCCCUAGACAUUUCAUGGUGCGAUUUGUCGUUUUCGCGUUGAUUUUUCAUUGUGUGAUCGAAGAUUCAUUCGCGAAAUCAGUCAAAAGAAACGUUCAGAUCGGCGGCAGAUUGACGGCGAUCUGUCGAAACAGUUGUGUCGCGAUUUCCAGUGCAUGUGUGCAGCAGAAAGUGUUUUUCCCGUUUUUCUACCAUCUUCCUCUUUCUCUUUUUGGUGUGUGAUGGUGGCGCAGGAAGUAUAAAUCUCUGCCAGCGCUAGCAGAAAAGAAAAGCAGACCCACGAUUAGAAGAGCACUUCAAAUGAUUUGCUAAUGUAGUCGGAAAAAAGUUAGUUUCUCGAGCGGAGGAUAUAUUUUUUUUGGUAAAUAUACUGCCCAUGAAGCGGAGAAAAUUUCGAUCAGAAAGGCUUGUGAGAUUUUUUCUCUGCUAAUGAGCAGUACUAGCAGUACCUGCUCAAGGAAGAGGAGGUGAAGGGAAAAUUUCUGACUGACAGAGAAAGACAGUACGAAAAAAAAGUUCGCGGAGUACCCCUCGAUAAUAAGAGGAAUCAGACCGGGAAGAAGAAGUAGUAAGACAGAACAAGAAGAAAACGGAUAACUCUUGGAAGGCCUCUGAAAGCAGGGCGAGAUACAAAGAAUUUCGAAGCGUUUAUAUUGCACUGCUUUCGGUUACUUAUUACGGUGCUAUUUCAUUACUUUCCGAGAGUGGAGUUUAUCUGCACUGUCCUUCAAGUUGGCGAUUGUUCCGUAAUAUUGCAAAAAAUAAAGAGGAAUAAAAUCAAACGAAAAUUUAAAAAAACGGAACAGUAACAUAACACGGAAUUGCAGUUUGUGUUUGCGUGCGCUUCUAUAUGUGUUCUGUGCCUGGUGCUCGAAUGUAUUUGUGUGGAUCCCAUGUUCAUAUGAGGAGCGCAGCAACAAAAGCAGCGAGGGAGCGAUAAAGGCCAAAACUGACAGCUGAAGAUAUAUCUGAUCAGAGCCAGCAUCGAAGCACAAAUUUGACACCCCUCUUCUGGAAGGGUAACAACAACAACAACAAUAAUAAUAAUAAUAAUAGCGACACUAAAAUUAACAGAAACAAGCCCCUCUGGCCCCGGUUGUCGUCAAAUGUGCUGCUGGAAAUGAUUAAUACAAAGGACGAAGUUGUAAACUGGUUCAAAGAGUUAAAGAGCUACAACCGGAUAGAUACAAUGUGCACCUUGCUCAAUAUGUGCCUUCCAUUUGAGCUACGCUUCUUGGGGACCUGUCUUGAGGAGCUUGGUCGGCGUGAUGCCCAGGAACUGCGAGGCAUCGAACUGCGGGUCAACAAUCCGCAGGAAUUCAUCUCGGACAUUGCUUCCUGCCAAAGCGGAGAACCCACGGAUCGCAAGCAUCGCCGGAAGAUGGCUCUUUUUCUUGCACUGGUACGAGCCUGCAAUCACACUUGUGUGAACGAGCUGUUCAAAACGCUCGAAGGAUGGGGUACAAGGGACUUUGUCAAACUUUUCGACGAAGAUGUGCUGCAGGAAUUGCUGCUGGUGUAUACGAUGGCCACCAAUCAUCCGGUGUUUUCGUUUGAACAACGCAUGAAAUGUGGUGACAUAUUCAACAAGCUGAAGACGUGCGAGCUGAAACCAAGCAAUCACCAGGAUGCGGACAGUUUGACUAAUUCUACGCCACCACCUGUUGCAGUGGGAACAUUACUGGGAAUGGCACCCGCAGUUCCGCAACAACAACAGCAGCAGCAGCAGCUUUCGGUACCACAUCAACAGCAGCAACAGAUUGCGAUGCAGAUUCCGCUGCCGUCCCAACAAACGGGACCACCUCCGCCUCCCCAGCAGGCCCCGAUACCGAUCCCGGGUUUUCCGCAGGGUGCGAUAGCGCAGAUGAUGUCCGGAGAUGGCAGCAUUCCUACCCACAUGUCAGUCGAGGGCCUCCAGCAGAUGCAGAUGCAGAUACCUCAAGACUUUACGAUGCCACCGCCGUCGGCCGUACCGCCGCAUUGGACGCUUCGCAAUCCGGUGUUCCAGGUGGGACUAGAUACUUCGUUUCCACCACCUUCCUCGUCACCACAUCUGAGCAAUCCUUCGUCACCGAUCCACAGCCGUACGGCAAGCCCGACGCGUAUUCCAGCCAGCAGUGUGCAGCAUCGAAUCAGUCGAAACCAGCAACCAACACCCGGCGAGCAGCAGCACACUCAGCGUCAGCAGCACCAGCCCCAGCAUCAUCAGCAGCAAGAUCUUCGAGAGCGCGAAUCACAACAGCAACAGCAACAGCAACAAUCGUUAAAAUUAGUUGACGAGUCAUUACUAUUGAAUGUAGAUCAGACAACAGCUUUGACUCAGCUGCAGCAGCUUCGUAAUGGUUAUCGACCUAGCCAUAAUACCCUUCCGCGGCAGUCGAACAAGCAGAGCUACGUUAACCAGAUUCAAUAUCAUCAUCAGCAGCAACAGCAACAAUCUCACCAACAGCAGCAGCAGCAAUCCAACUUCCACGGAAUAAAUACCGGAAUGGCGGGGUUGUCGUAUGCGUUGAAUAAUACAAGUCUGAUUGAUUUGACGCAGAAAUCGAGCAGCGAUUCGGGUAGUUCGGCAGGAGAUAUUUCACCUCCGGAAACUCCUGGUCUGAACACGGGCCCCUCGAACAACAUUGGCGGAUUAAUUCGGAGUAGAUCGUCGAAUAUGGGUAGGAUCAAUGGGCGUCCGGACAAGCAGCAACAGCAGCAAUUAGGUAGUACUGUGAUAUAUACUCAGACAGCAGCUCAGCAGCAGGCAGUGGUUCAGUCCCAACAGCAGCAGUUCGUCGGCGGUAAUAACGAUAUAAUGGUAACAUCCGCUACACAAAAUUUAAUUAGCAAUAGUAAUAAUAAUAAUAAUACUAUGAAUAAUAGCAAUGGAAAUAACAAUAGCGUAUUGUCAAGCGCUGUAUUAUUAGGAGCCCCGACGCAAACGGCUGGCGGCACAAACAUUGUGCUGAGCUCGCAGCCGCAGUUUACCGCUCCGUAUCCACCAUAUCAUACAGCGCAUUUGACUGCAACGCGACCUGCCCUGAUUUCGGCCCACACGGCGACGGCGCUUCCGCCAGGCACUGCAUUCCGACCGCCAGCAGCUGCAUAUCCCACGAUGCAGCACAAUGGAGAGAUUCUUUACCCAUACACGGCCCAAGUAACAGCCGUUGGUGGAGGAGGAGCUACCAUAACAUUUCUGCCACCAUCUGCUGCAGCCCCAGUAGCGGCUGGUACACAGUCCCUCCAAACAAUCCGAUCAGCUGUGUCCACCCAGCCGCCUCCACCACCCCAGCAACAACAGCUACAAUCGCCUCAGACACAACCCCCGCUAAUACAACAACAGAAAGUGCCCGCAGCUUACACGCCCCCUGCUGUCGUUCCACCGUCGCACCCGCCAAAUGCAACCACACCCACAGGCUUAUACUCUCCGCUGUCCUGCUUUAACUGUGGUUCCCAGAAACACAGCGGACUAGACUGCCAGGAAUCUUCGAUGGAGGACGUUACUCGAAACUCGAUCUAUAAGCUCGACUACAAUGCGUCGAUUGCUGCUUCCCAGCAGCAGCAGAUGGCGGCUGCCGUUGCCGCCGGUACGAUACCGGGGACGUCUCUAUCCAACAACGUUACACUGGUGGCCGCCAUGACAGGAUCAUCGCCGGCUUCUUUACCUUCAUCCGCCUCCUCCAUAUCGUCUCUGCCGUUGGCAGUGUCGUCUUCUGUCGUUUCUUCAGCCUCUUCAGCGUCUUCAUCGUCGUCGUCGUCAUCGUCCUCUUCAUCGUCUUCGUCCUCUUCGUCUCUAGCGUCAUCUUCAGUUUCGUCUUCGAUGACGACACUGCCACUACCCCUUCCGCACCAACCGCCACAGCACGGAUCCAAUCUUAUUAGCAGUAGUAGUAGUAACAAUAGUUCGCUAGACGCCUCAACAUCUGUUUCAACACAAACAAUAAAUAAUCAAACGGAUAGCAGUAGUAGUAGCACUAUCAGUAAGUGAUUAUCAAUCUAAACUAAUCUUAUUAAAAUGAAGAAGUAAAAAAAACAACACAUAUUGUAUAAGAAGAACAACUAAUUUAACGUAAAUAGCGAGUAUACUCUCCAGAAUGGAUAAAAUCUAAACAGAUGUAGAAAACAAAUACACACACACAUACAUGCAGAAAAAAAGGCAGUCAGUUAAAAAGGGACACACAGCUUGUGCGAGAGGAAUGGUUAUGUUAUUAUGAUUACUAUCCAAAUUCAUGCAGCGGAGCAAAAAGGGAAAUAAUUGUUGGACCUUCAAAACGUGCUCCUAUCCGAUAAUCGAUUGGGAGCGAUUGGUAAAGUUAGUUUUGGCAAAAUUAGUAACACUGGUGGAAACGUUGUGUGCCAUUUUCUUCAUGGAAUUUUAAUCUAGAUUCACAUUACGUGAGAACAAAAAUUUUUAAACAAUAGUAUAGAGAUGUAUAAGCAAACGAAGAUUCGAAAAGAAAAAAAAAUGUUAGGAAAAGGAAGGAAUUUCUGAAGCAAAGCUUUGACAGAGAAAUAUGAUAGGGGUAAUAUAGGUAGGAGCGCGGACUGAAGGAAAUCUUACUGACCAAGAUGAUACAGUAGUAGCUAAAAUGGCUUUGAUAUUUUUAUCAUGGGUUUUAGAUAUGAUACAAUACCAAUAAUGUGUAUCCAGAAUAUUUAUUUUCAUAUAUUUUCCAUUAUUUUUUAUAUUUUGCCAAUUAUUACUAUCGCUUCCAAGAUUCUAUCAUCAGCUCACAAUUUAUAAGCUAACUACUUAUUAAUUUGUCGAAUUCUGCUCUGCAUGCAGAUUGAAAAAAAAGUGGAAGAUGAAGGUCAAGAGUGAAUGGAACACAUUUUUAAUGUUUAUUUAAAUUUAGUUAUGAUUUAAAUGUAAUACAGUGUAAAUGUACUUGUUGAUACGGUUAAGAUA